AUGUUCUCCAAGCAGGUUGUCGCUUUCGCCAUGGCGCUGGCCACCGCUGAGGCCGCCUACCAGGGCUUCAACUACGGCUCCACCAACGUCGACGGCAGCAGCAAGUACCAGGCCGACUACGAGACCGAGUUCCAGACCGCCAAGAACCUUGUCGGCACCUCGGGCUUCACCAGUGCUCGUCUUUACACCAUGAUCCAAGGCGGCACCACCAAUGACCCCAUCCAGGCUAUCCCCGCCGCCAUUUCCGAGGACACUUCCCUUCUGCUGGGUCUCUGGGCGUCCGGUGGCAACAUGGCCAACGAGAUUGCUGCUCUCAAGUCUGCCAUCGGAAAGUACGAUUCCCUCAGCAAGCAGGUUAUCGGUAUCUCCGUUGGCAGUGAGGACAUGUACCGUAACUCCGUCACCGGUUCCAAGUCCGGCGCCGGUCCCGGUCUUGGGCCCGAGGAGCUUGUUGAUUACAUCAAGGAGGUUCGCGCCGCCAUUGCUGGUACCAGCCUGAGCGGUGUUUCCAUCGGUCACGUCGAUACCUGGGACGCCUGGACCAACAGCUCCAAUGCCGCCGUCAUCGACGCUCUCGACUGGCUCGGCUUUGAUGGCUACCCUUACUUCCAGCUCACCAUGGCCAACGGCAUCGACAACGCCAAGGAGCUGUUUGAGGAGUCCGUCCAGAAGACCCAGAGUGUCGCCAAGGGUAAGGAGGUUUGGAUCACCGAGACCGGCUGGCCUGUCAGCGGUCCUAAGGAGGGUGACGCUGUUGCUUCCAUUGCCAACGCCCAGGAGUACUGGAACCAGGUUGCUUGCCCCCUGCUUGGCAACACCAACACCUGGUGGUACCUCCUCGACGACGCCGGUGCUAGCCCCAGCUUCGGUGUCACCUCCGGCCCCUCCAACACCACCCCUCUGUACGACCUGAGCUGCAAGUCCGUCAACUCUACCAGCUCCAGCUCUGCCGCCGGCUCCGAGAAGUCUGCCGUCAACAGCUCCGGUAGCUCCUCCUCUGGCUCCACCUCGGGUGCCUCUUCUACCGGUGCUUCUUCCACCGGUGCCUCCUCUGGCUCCGUUUCGAGCGACACUGGCGCCUCUAGCUUCAGCACCACCUCUGUCGCUUCCUCCACCCCCCUGACCUCCGCCACCAAGGCCGCCGGCUCCAGCUCCGGCUCCGGUUCUUCUGCCGGCUCCUCCGCUGGUAGCUCCUCCGGCUCCAGCUCUGGUUCCAGCUCUGGCUCCGGCUCCAGCUCCGGCUCCAGCUCCGGCAGCGCCGCCUCUGCUUCCUCCACCCAGUUCAACUCCGCCAGCCGCGCCUCCGGCUCGGUCUUCGGCGCCAUUGUUGCCGCCGUCGUCCUCGGCAUCGCUGUUUAA